UUAUCCAGUUUUAUUUGUGAUAGUUCCUACAUUGGUGGCUGGCCCGUAGUUUUUUACACCUUUGGAGGAUUUGGAAUUUUUGUUUCAAUACUGCACAUGUUUUUUGUGAAGAGCUUACCUAAAAAUGAUCCAAGGAUAUCGAACGCAGAAUUGAAAUACAUUUUAGAAAAUCUAGAAAAUGAAAUGACAAGAAAGAGACCUGCAGUUCCUUGGAAGAAAAUAUUGAGCUCUACGCCUACACAUGCUUUGAUGAUUAACGCGUUUGGGCAGCAUUGGACAGCAUACUAUUUUAUUGAACUUCAUGCUACGUUUUUAAAAACCAUUCUUCACUAUCCAAUGGCUAAGAUUGGAACAUUAAUUUCCAUGCCCUACGUGCUGACGAUGAUCGUUACUGUUGCUACGGCCUUCUUAUCUACAAAAGCAGAAAACUUAUUUAGCGUCAACAAAGUUAGAAAAUUUUGGAAUCUUAUAACUUCUGUGAUUUGGUCCAUGUGUUUUGCUUUGAUGAUUUUUACGAAUUAUGGAAACACAGCCACAGUAUUCAGCUCUAUUAUUGGGAUAGGUUCCAUCGGGUUUAUGAAUCACGGUAUUAUGAUUGUUCCUAUAGAAAUGACCCCCAUUUUUGCAGGAUCUUUAUCGGGUCUUACAGCAGCAAUUUCUUCUUUAGCUGGAUGCAUACUACCUGUAGUGUGUGGCGUAUUAACCAAGGAAGAGCAAACAAUACAGCAGUGGAACAAAAUCUAUAUUAUGAAUAUUGUGAUAAGCAUGAGCACAGCAAUAUUUUUUUGCAUUUUUGGAUCGGCUGAGAUUCAAAGUUAUAAUUUUUUAACCGAAGAUGCGUCACCUAAAACCGAGGGAGAAAUAAAAAGCGAGCCAAAGAUAUUUGAACUGAAAAAUACCUCAUGAGUUGUCCAUCUACAUACAGAUAAGGAAUGUUUGUUUUAUACAUAUGCCAUGUGUGAAUAUCAUUUCAAUUAAAGACUAGAUCUCGUUGAUGUUUUUAUAACUUGAAAUGUGAAUAAUAUAUCUACAAUGUGUUUGAAGAUUUGUAUGUAAUACUAUUCACGAUCCAAUGUUUACAAGAAAAGUCUUGAAAUUAAUUUAUAACAAUGAAAUUGAAUAAUGUGACAAUGAUGUUAAUGUAAAACAAAACAGUC